GAAAGAAAACAUUAAAAUGGGUUGCUUCGGGUUUCUCAAAAUUAUGAUGUUCGUGUUCAAUGGAGUGAUCUUUCUGGCGGGUGCCGCCAUUUUGGGCGUAGGGGUGUGGGUGAAGGUGGACAGCAGCUCCCUGUUUGCGGUCCUAGGGAAGAUAGAGAACGCCCCACCGGAGCUAAACCAGCUCCUCAAUGUGGGGUACCUGCUGAUCGCUGUGGGGGGCGUACUGUUGGUCCUGGGGUUCCUGGGCUGCUGUGGGGCCAUGAAGGAGAGCAGGUGUAUGCUGCUGCUGUUCUUUGUGAUAGUGCUGCUGGUAUUUCUCGCAGAAGUGGCAGGAGCAAUUGUGGUCUUCGUCUUUCAACCUCUGGCAGAGGAUCUGAUUAGCCAAUUGGGUGAAAAAGCUGUUGAAGUCAUCAAGAACGAUUAUGGGGCAAAUGCUGAUAUCACUGGUCUAUGGAAUGCCACAAUGGAAGGGCUGGACUGCUGUGGAUUCUAUAACUACACAGACUUCCUCGAUUCUCCCUUUUACAACAAUAGCAUGACCUUCCCAGAGGAAUGUUGCCUUAUUCCGGGCUGUAAUUCAGCAAACGUUCAAAUAUCGAAAGUCUCUGGCUGCUUACCUAAACUGAUAAAGCUAAUAGAUGAAAACAUCAUCAUCAUAGGAGCUGUGGCACUGGGAAUAGCUGCCCUCGAGAUUGCAGCGAUGGCUGUGUCCAUGUCAAUGUAUUACCAAAUAGGUGCCAAGAAAAGAUAAUACCAGAAGAACACAGAUGUGCAACAUCCUCAUUGUGUUACCAUAUACCAUUAACUGUAAUCAUCAGAG